GGUGCUACGUGUUUCGUAAAGAGUGGUCGCAAAAGGUGUGGCAUAGCCGUGUAUAAACCAAUAAUGGUGUCUGUAGCAUUCAUGCUUCUCACGGUGUCAACACUAGCUGUCCACGGGAAAUAUGUGUCCAAAGUUGAUCCGGACACACAAAACGGAUGCGACGGAAAGACUCUCUGUGACAUAAAACCGGCAGACUAUCCGGAGCAGGAGAUUGAUAGACUUCUCAUUAAAGAAUUGCCAAAGCUCCAUCGAAGAAAAAGAGAGUUGGCGAUAGAAAUGCCAAAAAUUGAACCCGGGAGCACUGGCGGCAAUUGCGAAACAGUUACGGAGAUAAAGACUCCAUAUGAACUUAGAAAUGAAGGCCAGAUUCCACAAAUCGUCGUGCAAUCAAAGUUUUUCGAGCAACGGAUACCGUACGUGACGUGUCGUAGCACAAACCAACCCUGCUUUAAAGACUUAUUGCUACAAGACACGAGGACAAUGUGCAGGCAAAAGUUCAUCCACACCAAGUUAUUUGUAUACGAUACACAAAAUAAUAAAGUAGAAGCAAUUGACGGCCAAAUUCCUAUAGACUGUGUGUGUGAAACAGCUUAAUUAUUCAUACAUUUCAUUGCAUUGGAUCAACUUAAGCAUUCCUACAGGCACAGUAUAAGCAAGGUCUCCCCUUUGACCCAAUACUUACCAGGCGUGGUUCGCUCCGCGAUUUUGUCGCUUCGCUACAAGUACAUGCGGCUCACACCAAUUUUGGUCUCUAGCUCUCUAGCAGUCGUAGUUGCCGCGCACCGCUACGAAACGUACGCCUGCUCGCGCUUGCGCCACCUGGCGGUCCGUCGUAAUAAACGCGUUUUCUUAGAGAGUGAACCUUCUGUACCUAGUGCUAUUAUUUAUUGUGGCCACUAGUCCAACUAUGAACCCCGGUUGCCGAGGGGACCCCAGGUUCUAGAGACCGAAUUAGAUAGCUGGGAAAACGUUAAAAAAAGUGUGAUGACAAUCAGAAAAACUAUUUUCCCAAUAGUAAAGUUACAACCUCCAAACAGCGAUCCUGGCCCCGUAGACAACAUGCCAAUCGCUAUCGCUUCGUGCCGAACGAAACGUAGAUGUCACUGUUACACUAAUAUGGAAGGGCGAUAAAGAGACACAAUGCGAUUCGAUGGCGAAGCGCAAGCGAUUGUCAUCUUGGCUAGGCCGCCCGAUCACCAUUUUAUGUUAAGACGAAACAGGAGCUGGGUUUUAAACAUUUUAGGUAAAUAUACCCGUCUCGCUAACGGAAGCGGUUCCUAAAACUAGAGCCAUAAGGACAAGGCGAAAAAUCCUGCGUAAAAAUAUCAAAAAUCGAGGUUUCGUACUCGACUGUUUCCUCCUCCAAAACUUAACCAAUCGUAACCAAAUUUGGAAAUCUAAAUGAUUAUGAAAUUAUCUGUCGGACCGUUUUGCUUUUUCGGCUAAUUGAUAUCAGUUUUGAAUACUACGCCUCUCAUUGCGGCAUAGUCAAUGAGGCCAUUAUGGCCAUUUUUGAAGGGCUCUAGCGCCUUAAAAAACAAAAAUAUCAAAAAAAGCAAAACGGUCCGACACAGAUAUUGAAAAUAUGUAUUAAUCUGUGUUCAAAAAAUCAUUGCUCUAGCAUCAAAACCCACGGAGGAAACAGUCAAGUACGUUUGUAUGGAGAAAUGACCACUCCUGUUGGCUCUUAAUAACAUACGAUUGCUAUGAAACUCAAUUUAGGCGCUUAGUACAUGUGGACGUGAUUUCACGCACACCAUUUAUUGCCGUAAGUUCUAAUAAUGCCGUAAGCUCGCUGUGGAUUUUAUUUUUUGUUAAAUUGUCGCAUCUGUAGAUUCAAUACUAUUGUGAAAUUGAAUCAUUGUAAUUCUGUCUUACGUUUUUCAAUCAAUAAAACAUUAUUAUUAUGUGA